UAUUAUUAGCGUAACUCUUCAUUGCGGUACUGACUCAAUUCAACAUCAAUAUUUUUAUCAUCAAUCAUCAAUAAUUUAUUAAACUAUUUCUUGGUACUUUUAGGCGAUAGUACCCCUUUAGGCUUUAUAACAUAAGGCAUGAUAAGGUAAUCAAAAUUAUUUCGUUUUAAUGAGCUCUACCGACACUUAAAACUUAAAACUUACACUUACUAAGACUAAGACUAAGUAAAAGUACUUGCACUUACACUAGUUAGUUACAGUUACAGUACAGUUCAGUACUUAACUGAUCUGAGAGUAACUGUAGUGACCUAUUACUAAUAAUAAUAAUACUAUACUAAUUAAUUAAUAGUUUAAUGAUAGUAACUAGUACUAAGUGGGGUGUGACUAUUCGUACCCGGAUAUCAGAAGUGAGAGGUUGGGAUUAUAAAACUAUUUAAAAUAUUAAUGAACUUUAUUGUUGGGUUUGUAAGACAAAAAUGAGGUAUCAAAAUCAAAUGAAAGAUCUGCUUCACUGCUGAUAAUUGAAUGGACUAUGACUAGCCCUAUAGCAUAUAGGCCUAUAUAUUAUAUAUAAUAAUAAUAAUAAAGUUCAUUUCAAAAACACUCUUCAUCCCCAAAGGCUCGAAGCGUGGUACAAAGUCAACAAAAAACAAAUCUAUUAUUUACCACAUUUAAAACAAACGCAACACUACAAAAACUAAUUACAAGCAUAUAUGUUAGUAAACUUACUUUUUCAAACCAAAACUAAUCUCCAAUGUCCAAUGUCCAAUGCAUCUCUGUAAUUUAUCAUUAAUUGUGAUAUAUGGCUGCCCUAGGUUUAGACUCAUACUAACUCUAACAUUUAAGCAGAGACAUUAUUGAAGUAGACUAAGAGUAAAUAUUUAUCUUGUCUUAAAAUAAACUAUUGUUUUUUUCCUUAUAAAUAUGCUGAAUAUAAGUAUAUAAAUAUGGCUUGAUAGCUGUAAUAUUUUGAACAUGUAAUAUUUUUAUUAAUUCAUGAAACAAAAUAAAAUCAUAGUGUGAGUUCUUGAUGAAAAAUAAAACUGUUAUUUUCAUGCAUACAGCUUUUUCUAAUGAACAACAUUGUGACAGAAUGGAGAGACAGAAGUCAAUUUUAGGGCGAAAAAAGCGAGGUAAGAUAUAACAUGUUAUAAUAUUUUACAGCUUUAUUUAUUGGCCUUGCCUUAUGAAUCAUAACUGAACUAAUUUUUAAUGUCAGCAAAAAUGUAUUUACACUGUGGAAACUGAUAAAGCAUAGGUCAUGAUAGGUAUUUAAAAAAUAGUUUUUUUUAGUGAUCUUAUGAUAGUAUUUAAAAAAUUUAUAACAAGUAGCCUUUCAGAAUUUUAUUUGAUGCCUCUACAAAUUCUAAGCAUAAAAUUAAAAUGAUUAAGACAUUUAUCUUGUGAAUAAUUAUUGUUGCUAUUUGUGUUAAUAUCUCUCCUCCAUGGACCCAAUGAUUCAAUUAAGCUGAUUUUUUAAAAAUUUAGGGCCCACUGCUGCUCCUGGAGAUUUUAUAGCUUUAGGUAAACAGGCUAAGCCAACAGAAAGUGAUGUUAAACGUCCUUCAAGUCCUCCACAUCUUGGUCGUAAAAAAGAGUCUCCUAGUGGGCCUGUUUCAUCAUCCAGCCUAGCAAAAAAACCAAAGCUAAGUGGACCUGUCUUUGGAUCACUUAGUCGAUCUCAUGCAGAUACUUCAGCCUCCAUUUUAACUCCUGGAAGUCUGCCCCAAUAUGAUGAGAUUGCCAUUACUGGUAUUUAAAUGUGUUUGGUUUUUUUGUAUUUCUAUCAAAGAAUGUGAUGCUCAUGAGUAAAGAUCAACAACUAUAUCAAAUAAUAUGUUAAAUUCCUUAGGGAGGAUGCCUUUGAAGGUAUUUAAACAUGUUUUUAAAUAGGGAACAUUGACAUGAAUGACUUUAGUUAAACGAAGGCACAGGGAACAUGGACAUGACUAGUUUAGUUAAAUGAAGACAAUAGAGAACAUAUUCAUGUCAAUGUUAUCAGGUCAAACUUGAGUUAAAUGAAGACAAGAGGUAAAAUUAUAAUUGUAACAUAAAAUUUUAAAUGGAGUGAACUUAGGCAUUUCAGAUAGUUCAUUAUUAAUUAAUUUUGCUUAUAACUUCACAGUUGAGCCAGCCGAACUCCUGCCAGCAGUUCUUGCUGCUGAGGAUGAUAUGAAUGAGGAAAGAGCUGAAGGUUUAAUCUGUGGGGCAGUGAAACAUCUGCGUAGGGAUAGAUCCAAACCAGACCAGAUUAUUUUUUUGUCACUUAUGUACCUGUCAAAAAGCAGGCCAUCUUUAUUUUGCACAGAGCUGGUUAUAGAGGUAUAUCAUACAUUUUAUUUAAUUCAUUCUAUUAGAAUUAGAUUCUGUUAUCUUUCCAAAGAAUCACUAAACAAAAAUUGCUUUGAAAAGUUUAAUCAAACAAUGACAUUAGACAUCAUUAACACAUUCAGCUUGAAUUAUUUAAUUAAAUUUAUUGGUAUUGCAUUUUAUACUAGCUGUAAGAAAGUUAUGUUCAGCAAAACUGAAAGUUUAAAAAAGAUUAGCAUUGUUCUUGUAUUAGUAUUAGUAAAGAGUAUUCUGUACAGAUAUAUAAAUAACUGUUUUAGAAAACUUUAGAUGAGUCCUGAGAUUGGAUUUUGUUAAGUGGUACUUAUUAUUAAGUAUAAUGUUUUUGUAUACAUUUUAAAAAGUCAGAUAACAUGUAUUAUAUACAGUACACGAUUUCUGCUUGUUUUGUAGUUUGCAUAGAAAUUGUAUAUGUUCACAUUUUUUAACUAUCUUAUUUCUCUUUGGGUCUAAUGAAAAAUAUUUUCUUGAUGACUUUUCAUUUGCCAAGGCUUUUAGUGGACUUUUGAAGAGAGAGUUAGCCCUGACUUUUAAAGCAAAAGGGAAUCCUCUAGUAUCUGUUCUGGCUUGUAAUGUACUGAUGAACGCCUUUGCUGAUGAAGAGAACUGGCCUGAUAAUUUUGUUAAGGUAUGUUAUAUAUUAGGUUUUAAAUAUUCAUUUUUGCAUAUGACAAUAUAUUAAUUUUUUUAAGUGCAUAUCCAUAGCUAAUAAAAUCAACAUUAAUAUAAAGAAUUAAACAUUUUUUUAAUUUUUUUUUUUUUAUUUUUUUAAAUUUCAGGUUUUUGUUGAGGAUUCUUUGGGUGAAAGAGUCUGGGUGGAUCGUGAUGACUGUCGAACAUUUGUGGACAAUAUUCACACAGCAUUUGGUACCAAGAAGUCCCCGAAACAUUUGCUGAUGACCACAGCCGAAGCUUUGAGAGGAGAUACUCCUGGAUCAGGUUGGUAGAUGUUGAUGACUGAAAGGAUGUUUCAUUUAAUCCCAAAAUAAAAGUUAUUCAUUUGCAAAGAUAUUUUACAAACAGUUGUAAUCCUCAGUUGGGAGAACAGCUACAGAGAUUAUAAAUUUCAUAUUGAUAAUUAAGAUGAUUAUUUGUGGGCCUGAGGUAGCAUUAUUUAGUUAACCCAAGCGGUGCAGAAAGUAUAGGAUCCUAAUAUUACACAUGAUCUCAAAGCAAAGAAUGGGCAUUGUUUUAGGUUGAUUUGUUUGCUAUUCUUUAGUCCACCUAUUGAACAAACCAUUUAAUUUUUAAAAGAUGGAACUAAUUACAAAACAUUUUGUGACACCAUUCAAGUAGUGUAAAAAUGUAUUAUUUGUUUGGGUGUUAAGCAAAGGUCAAGCCAAGUGCUAUUAUGACUAUGUUUCUAUUAGAUUAUAUGAAUUAUGUUAGAGAUCCCAUGGCUUGUAGGUAAAACGCCUAAAAACAUUAAAUUCCCUUCAUAUCUAAGAUCAAAAUUGGUCGAGACAUAUGGGGAUCCACUGUUCUUGUCUGUACAUCAAUAAAUAAAUGUUAAUUUGUCAACUUAAUUUUUAAUGUAUCUUAUAAAUAAAUUUCCCUAUAGUCAGCCCCGCCCAGAACUUAUUUGAUGAUGAAGACUCGUCGUCAAAAAUAAGUGAUGGUGGAGAUGGAGACAAUUCAAGUACCAGUAUUACAGCUGCAUGUACACCACGGUAAUUGAUUUAGUUGGAUUAUUUUUAAACUGUUUAGAAGAAACUUUUUAAAAACAAUUUAAUAGCUUUGUUACAUUACAGGCUUGUCUUGUAAUACAUAUAAAUUCUAAUUUAAGUUCAAGGGGAAUCUCAUGAAUUGUUGGAAUUUAGUGGGAAUAAAUUUCUAAACUUAAGUUAUUGUGUUAAUUUAACAAUUUGUAACCUUUCAUCUAGAUACUCGUAUCAACAAUCAACAAUUGAAACUUAUAUUCUGGACACAAUUCGAGAAAUUUUAAAUCGCCGCCAGCCUAUGGAUUCUUCAUCUCGUAAUUUGAUCAGACUUAUGGCUUCAACAAGUGGAUAUGGUGAAGUUAGAAAUAUGGCAGCUCAACGUAUUGAUAUGUGGCUUCAAAACCCUAAGGUGCCUGAUUAUUUUUGUUUUAGAUGGAUACCUAAAGAAAUUAGGAACAACAUUCUAACAAAUAUAAUGUGAAAUAACUUAUUUAUAGCAUAAUUAAGAUAUUGUAUAAUUGUUCUAAUCCUCACCGUCUGUGCUCUUAUUAAUGAAUAUUUUGUCCAGCUGACCCGAGUUUCCCAAGAUUUGCUUUUGGCUGUGUGCACAAAUUGUGACAAGCAUGACCCUAAUGAUUUGGAGGUGAUUGGACAUUUAACAAAGAUGAGGAUGAAAACCAAACCGCUCAUCAACCAUUUCCUAAACUGCAUGAGGUAACAGCCUUUCACUUCUUAUGGUUAAAAACGAUUUUAACUAGCUCUUUAAAAGGGAACAUUGAUUUUAAGUGUUUUUAAAAAUAUUUGUAUCAUUUAAUUUGAAAUUAGAUUCAUACAAAUAUUUAAAUAUUUACUGGAAAUGCCCAGACAAAUCUUUAUGUAUCAGUUGUAAAACUCUAUAGAAUUUAAGUUUAUAUAGAAAUGUAAUAUUAAUGUAUUGCGUGACACAACAGUUCCUGCUUCUGUCAAGCUUAUAUCUCACCUUUUUUCCCAGAGAGCUUCUAUCGCAACAUCCAGAGAAUCUCAGAAUGAUUCUCAACCACACCAUCUACAAUGAGCUGUCCACAUCAAGGAAUCCUAACAACAUGCCCUUACUGACAGUCAUUUUUUCACACUCAUCAGAACAAGCUGCAAAGGUGAACGGUCCUGUUAUUUCAUGUACUUGCCUGUUAACAUUAGGUCUGCAUGUUACUUGACUGUUAAAAUUGAAGUCUGCAUGUUACUUGACUGUUAACAUUGAAGUCUGCAUGUUACUUGACUGUUAACAUUGAAGUCUGCAUGUUACUUGACUGUUAACAUUAAGUCUGCAUGUUACUUGACUGUUAACAUUAAGUCUGCAUGUUACUUGACUGUUAACAUUAAGUCUGCAUGUUACUUGACUGUUAACAUUAAGUCUGCAUGUUACUUGACUGUUAACAUUAAGUCUGCAUGUUACUUGACUGUUAACAUUAAGUCUGCAUGUUUCAUUUAUGCUCAGGCUCAAACAAACUUUGUUUCAGAUUCUUGCUGAAAUUUUUCAAGAUCUUAUUACCAAUAAAGAUGACUAUCUGAAGGCACUGCGCAUUUUAUUGAGAGAGAUUGUUCGCUGCACUAGACUUGAUAUGAAUUUUUCAACCUUUUGCCUUGGAUUGAUGCAAGAACGCAUGGAGCAGAAGUUUGUGGAGAUGGAUACAGUUCUUAAGGUGAGUGAUGGCAUGAUCUCUUAUAUAUAUUUUCCUUCUUGUGUGUCCUGCUUCCUCUUCAAGCACACCCCCCCCCCACCCCCAACUCAGCAUGUUUUAUAUUAAUGACACUGAGUGGAAAAAAAUGUCUAUCAGGCAUCGAGGAGCUUCAUGCGUGACCUCUGAACUCUAGUAAAUAGGUUGUUUUUUUUUCUCUAGUGGGAGGCGCCUAUUAUUUGGUGUUGUUAUUGUUUGUUUUUUUCUGUCGCACAGCGAGCACCAUGGGUAACGUCUGAACUCAAGUAAUUGCUAUGUUCAUUAUACUGUGACUGUUGUUUCGUAAGUCUUUGUUAUAAAAUGAACAGUAACUUCUCUGUCAAUGGGUUUUUGUACAAUGUCAUCUCUAUCUCUGGGAUCCGGCAAAUCCCUGUUCCUGUCAGUGGGUUAUUUCUUGACACAAACGGUUGAUGUAGGCAUUGCACUCUCACUGUGACAUAGGGCCGUAGAUUUUGUUGCAUAUUAUACAAAAUCGGAAGUUAACUCUUUAUUUGUAACACUUGUACCCACCAGGUACUUUCCCAAAAUACCAGGACCCGUUAAGCCCUAGUUUAAAUUUAAUCAGCUUAAGUCUUUUGUUGUUGAUUUAAGUUUAAGAGGGCAAUACCUUUCAAUAAUGUUUCCUUUACAAUGUCUAUUUCCACAGGAAAGAUAUGUGCUUUCUAUAGCAGAUCUUAUCUCUAUGGAUAUUCUUCUAAGUGUGGCUCCCAAUAUCCGUGAAGCUGCAGCAAGCCUGAUGCAAGGAGACCAUAAAAGUAAAUCACUUAUAUAUAAAUAUCUUCAAUGAAAUGUGUUAUAUUUACUUUGGGGAUACUUCUUAGCUUAAAGUUGACUAUGUCUAUAUGUACGUGCACUUCAGUUGAGUAUGUAAUAAACUCAUCGGUCUGAUUGACCGUUUUAAUUUUUAGUAUUAAAAUAAUGAUUAUUUUAAAAACUAUUUACAAUAAAUCAGUCAAAAUUUAACUUUUUUAUUCUCUCUCACAUGAACAGAUCUGGAACUGAUACACGUGUUUAAGAGGCAGGUCGCUGUAAUACAGAGGGACUCUGUUUGGUGGCUUCACACAAUUGUGCCCAAAAUUGUGGAGUUAAAGAAUGACACAUAUUUACAUUGGUAAGAUGUCUUUAGACUCAGACAAAAUUUGAUAUUGCACUAUUAUGUUUUUUACUCUGACAUUAACAUAAUUCAAAUCCCAUGAAAACACAUAGCCAAAAUAUUCUUUGCUUCUUGACAGUUUGAAUAGAUAAUAAUUCAAAGACUGCGUUCAAGCUAUGUUUUAUUAUUUCAUUGACAGUUUGAAGAAGGUUCUAUUUUUAGAAGCAGCUGAACACUACUACAACAAAGAUAACUGGCCACCAGACAGUGAGAGAGGGUGAGCUCAUUGUGUGUUUAUGUUUAGCUCUCAAUUACAAGAAAUCCAUUGAAGGCAUGAGAGUUUGUUCUUGCAGCUAAUAAGGCUAUGCAUAUUGAUAUAAGGUCUUUAUGAAAAUAUGUUAUCUGACUCAUUUAGUUUUACCAUACUAAUAUUUGAGACUAAGGAUUUAGAUUGUAAAAUAAAUACUGCAGUAUAAAGGAGCUUCAAUGUUGUGCCAGAUUUUUAUUUCCGUUAAAACCCUGAGAGUUACGUUAUGGAAAACAAUAUUUGGUUUUAAGUAAGUAAUAUUUGUAACUGCAAUCUAAAUUUUGAUCCUCUAGUUUAAUGCUUCGAUUGGCUUCCGAGUCCCCUGUCAUGGAAGAUACUCUAAUGAGGCUACUUGUCAUUGGCUUGUUGCGAGACCUUCCUCUCUCAGCACCUGAUGCUGUAGAACUUGUGGACCAGUUAAUUUGUCGUGCUGCAGCACUUUACUAUGAUUGUGAGUCUUAGAUCAUCGUCAUACCAUUAUAUGUUUUGGACAAACAACACACACAGUUGGGAAUGUUGUUGUUUACUCUUUGUUUUUUUAUUGGGAGGGACGUUCAAAAAUGUAUUUUAGAUAUAACAUUAUUUAUUUAAAAGUGUCAUAAGCCAAAUAUAACAUUAUUUAUUUAAAAGUGUCAUAAGCCAAAACAAUUAACCUUAAUGAAAUAUUUGUACUUCCGUGUCGUAGUUGCGUUAAUUAGUAUUUUUCAGAUCUGGUUUAAUAACUAGGUCCAUAAAGAUCUGAGAGCAAAAACUUUAAACUGGUGGUUAUUGUUUGGAAGACUAUUUGAAUCUUAAGUAAAAUCUCAAUGAAUCCAUGACCUGUGUAUGUCUUAAGUAAUAUCUCAAUUAAUUCAUAAACUUUGUCUGAAUUUUUAAAAAUUUCUUCUAUUUGUUAUGAUUGUUUGUCUAGUGGGACUGGUUGAGGUCCUACAGAUGGAACGACUAGAGUUCAUAGAUGCUCUGCUCAACCUUUGUGUUUACAAACAUCCUGAGAACAUUGUGUUACCCCCCAGGUGAGGCUGGCCCUUGUUUCUAUAAAGAUUCAGUCAAUGUUUGUAGUCGUUCACUAACAAUGUUUCAAUGUAUAAGACACUAUUCCACAAAUAAUAGAUCAUCAAAAACAUUCUGGUCUAUCAAUAAAUGAUAUGCUGAAAUUGUACACCCGUCAAAUUCAGUCACAAAUAACUGAAACAUUUUCUAUGACAAUCAUUGUAGCCUAUCAGUAAAAAAAUUAAUCUAUCAAUCUACCAAAUUUAAGUUAAAAUGUUUACUACCAGGAAAUUUUAAACUAUAUUUUAAGUGCUUUUAUUCUUAAGAAAUUGUUUUUUUUUCUUAGAUUUGUAUUUCUUUUUAUUACUAAUUUUUAUUUCAAAAGAGAGAAAAUUAUUACUCUUGUCAAUUACUUUUUUUUUAAAAUUGGUUACUGGGUUUUAUUUGAAGCUAUUGUAUUAGUAUUUUUAAAUUGAUUGAAUACCAGUAGUCUAGAAAACCAAGUUUAUGUUUAUAAAAUCUUGGUUGUCUUUUUAUCCCAGUUACACUCCUCCCAAUCUGGCAAUCGCUGGGUUAAUGUGGAAAGCAUGGCUGACACUUCUUAUCAUUACAGCUUACAACCCAGUUGUCUUUGGUAAGUUUGUAUACUCUUGAUGAUCUAUGGAUUAGAAGAAACCAUCUUUAGUUGAAACCAUCUUUUGUGUCAUUCCUAAUUGUAAUCACCAUCAAAUUAUUUUUAAAAGAAAAAAGAAAAAUGAAAAAACAGGAAUAACAUAGAAAAUUGGUUAAAGAAGCAGAAGAAUUUGAUGCUUUGUUAUUGGCAGUUCUAUUAAUUUAAUUAGAUAUGUUCAAUCUUUAUCUGGCUCUAAUAUGUACAGGUGAAACGGCAUGGCUGAAGUAUCCACAACUACAGUCAUUGAUGGAGAUGGUCAUGACUAAGUAAGUCGCACUGUUCAACAGUUUUCUUUCACCUCCACAAAAUUUAGAGUUUGUAUUUUCUUUAAAGUCAUUUAUUAAAAAGCUUAGCAGCUAAUCAUGUAAUAUCAUACUGAUCAGCAGUACCAUCUCCAAAACAUAUUCUGUAAUGACACAUCUGGCUUUUCUAUUGAAGUUUUUAUUAUUUGAAUGAUUUCAGUAAUUUUACAUUCCCUCCACCCACGGCUGUCACUGAUGAGAAAAUGGUCGAGGAAUUCAAGACCAGGGAAAGACAAGUAAGAUAUUUCUGUUUUCUUUUUUUUUGUUUUUUUUUUUUGUUGUCUUACAGACAUGAAUUAUACAUGAACCAGUAGAUAUUUUAUAACAACAUAAUAUAACAUUAAACAGUUUUCACUUUCUAAGCAUGUGUAUCAAUAGAGCAGAAUCUAAGGAAAAUAUUUGUACAAAAAUGCCUAUUUACUUGGGUUUUUAUUUUUACUCAAAUGCUUGUUGCAUAUCUGAUUAAUGCUAACAUUUUUAAAAAAAUAAUCUUUUGCUUUUGAUACUUAUUAACGACUACUAACUUACUGAUUCAAUUCAUGUGUAAAGUUACAAUAGGAAUUUUUUUGGGGGGGGGUUGGAGUUGCAGCAAUAUUUUAUAAAAUAUGUUUCAAUAUCAACCAAGAUGAAAUAUUUUGGAUAUCCUCUGUCUUGACAGGAUGGGGCUUAGUUUGCACUUGGUUUCUUUUGAUUUAUUAGUGAAGAAAUGUUACCUCAGUUGAGUAAGUAAUUAUUAAACAGCAGCGAUCAACACUUAGUCCAAUUAUUACAUAGUAAAGUUGUGUAAAGGGUGUGAUCAAAGGUCAAAGUGGCAGUGACAUCGUUUACUCAUAGCUUCAGAAACAUUGAGAUGAUGACUUUGUUACGAGACUUGCCAAAUUUAAACAUGCAGAUGUGCUGUGCUAUUUGACAUCAAAGCUUUGACAGCUUGUUAUUUAGCCAACCAUUUGACGACUUGAUAUUUAGCCAAUCAUUUGACAGCUUGUUAUUUAGCCAAUCAUUGUCCUUUUUUUUUCAAUAAAUUUAAAUAGUCUGCUCGAGUUGUACAUCCCAUUGGAGGGAUUUAGCCAUGGCACACCUAGCAUCAUCUCAAGCACACCGGAUGCUGGGCUCUACUGUUGAAGACAAUAUUUAAAAAUAUUACUGUUUUGCCGCUUGUUUGGAACUGAAGUUAUUGUUUUCAACUGAAAUUAGGAUAUUUAAAAAAAACACAUACAAAAAUUAAUGUAUUCUUUAUUUCUUGAGUGAUUUUCAAUUACAAUUUUAUUUGAUGGCCUUGAUCUCUUUUUCACCUCCAAAACUCAUCCAUUCCAUGGAAUAGGGAAUACACUUAAGAACAAAAGUCUAAACCAAAACUUACUUUUAGAAGAGAAAAUAAAUGUAAUAACUAGCUUGCCUGUUAUGUUUGCUACAGAUUCGCCAGCAAGAGAUCCAGUUGAUCUUGGAGUUUGAGACUCACUUAGCUGCAGCUACAAGCAAAGUGACCAUCACUGAGAGCAACAGUCUAUUGAUUGGGCAGCUCAUUCACAAUGAUCCUAAGUAGAAAAACAAACCCUAGGCUGAGCUUUAUUAUUACCUUUUUGUUUGAAAUAUAAAUAGUAGAUGGCACUUCCUGGAUCAACUUACUAUUUUAUAUAAAUUUCUUUUGAUGCAAGUUCGAAAAGAUUUAGUAAACCACUAACAUUAAGGUUUUUUUUAAAAUCACAUGGUUUGAGAGCUUAUAAUAGCAUUGCAUGAUUUUUGUCUUUUUUAAUGUUAUUGAUAUUGUUGUUUUCUCCAGUGGACCAGCCAGAUUUCCCCCACCAGAAAUAAUGGAACAGCUCAAAUCUUUAAACAGCAACCUUAAACUUGGACAGAUGUUGUGUCGUAGUAGAAAUCCUGACUUCCUGCUACGCAUUAUCAAUAGGCAGGUCAGUAAAAACCUCUUCAUCGUAUCUUAUCUUUCCAUGUUUUUAAACUGGCCAGUAAUUCAGAAAUGACAGUUAAGAUACACAGUUUGUAUUGGUAUCAAUUACAGGGCACGUCUCAGUCUAUGCCCUGGCUUGCCGAGCUUGUGGAGUCAAGUGAAAGUUCUUUGGAUGUUCUCCCCGUGCAGUGCUUGUGUGAGUUCCUGCUUCAUGAGCCCACUGAAUUGGCCAACGAUCUGGAUGUGGAAGAGGUUUAUGGUGCUGAUAGAACACGGCACAAGAAGGUGAACUAUUCUUAUACAUUUUAAUCCAAAUGUCUGUCAUUUUGAUAUCUCAGUUUUAUAUCUCAACCAAUUGAUCUAAUAAUAAUAAAGCUGUUUGAUAAAUGCCACAUGAUUCUACAAUGUGUGUGUGUAUUAAUAUUAUCACACAGUUUCACCGACAUUUAUAUGGGUGGUAUAGCCAGAUUGUUGGUGACACAUACACUGGUAGGGGUGGCAUAGCAAGAUUGUGGGUGACACAUACACUGGUAGGGGUGGCAUAGCCAGAUUGUGAGUGACACGUACACUGGUGUGGGUGGCAUAGCCAGAUUGUGGGUGACAUGUACACUGGUAGGGGGGUAUAGCCAGAUUGUGGGUGACACGUACACUGGUGUGGGUGGCAUAGCCAGAUUGUGGGUGACAUGUACACUGGUAGGGGUGGUAUAGCCAGAUUGUGGGUGACACAUACAUUGUGGGGGUCUCAUUGCCAGAUUGUGGGUGACAUACAUAGGUAGGGGUGGGAUAUGCAGAUUGUGGUUGACACAUACAUUUUUGGGGAUGGUAUUGCCAGAUUGUGGGUGAAUUUAUUCCAUCUACUUUUAUUUAUUUCUAGAAAAACAAAAAACAUCAACAGUUACUGUAUAGACUUCAGGAACUAGUCCACAGCACAUCCUCUGAGUCCAAGACUAUGAAAGAAGUCCUCGAUUAUUUCCUACAGAGAUUAGCUUCCAUUCAAGCAUCCACAAGGCAACAGGCUGUCAAAGUAAUUUAUUUGUACAUUGUUUUUUAUUAGAUGUGGAAAACUUUGAUAGUUUUAAAGCAUUAUCUGCCUAGACAAAACAUAUUCAUCUUUAUUGUAUUUUUUUACAAGGAAAAGUUCACAGUAGACCAUUUUAAAAACAAUGACUGAUGAUCCCACAUGAUCGAUGGAGUUUCUAGUAGAUAAAAAAAAUCAUACUUGACAUUCGGGGAAGUUAUAAUUAUUAUGUGUGUACUGAAUUCUACAUGUCCUUUUGUAUGCUUUAUUUGUUGGUUUUUUUUUUUACUGUUUCCCAGGGUCUAUCAGCUGUUGUUGCACCCAGAUCUGUUACCCCAAAUGGAGAGGAAUCGAUGGAUGUUGACCUGAAGAAUAGUGACUCCAGUGAUUGGCUGUUGAAGCACAUGCCAUCACUCCCUCUGUUUGAUGAAGUCAAGGAAUCAUUUUGCUUGGCACUGAGAAAGGCUUGUCAAGUAGAAACUGAUCCCAUAAGAAUCAAUAGUUACAUUCUCUUUUUGUCCCAGCAUGCACUUGAUGAGCCCCAACAGACCUGGAAUGAACUGGUUUUGGUAUGUGCAUUUUUUAGUGUAUUUUUUAAAAACCGUUUCCACUAAUUGAGAAAAAUCAUAAUUGAAAUAAAAUUCAAAUUUUGAAGUAGAAACGAGUCAAUAAUUAUACUUCUGUCUCUAUCCCAGGACAUGGCACAGCUUUUAGUGGAAAGGACGUCUGUUGUCAACUAUAUUUUACCUGACUUGGCUGUCAAACCUUCCCAGAAAACGGAGAAACAGUGUGAGACACUUAAUGCUUUUAUCAAGUUGUUUCUUGUCUACAUGCGCAAUGCACGAAAAGAGGACAAAGACACCUUUAGUUGGGUGAGUUUAUUUCAAUUCAUGUAAAACUGUCAUUGACAAUCAUUGACUUGAAACAAAAGUAAUCUUAUAUUCUGACUUGUAUAUAACAUAUUUUUGAACAAUUUAUUUUAUUAGUUUGUUACGCCAGUGGUUCCCAAAGUGUGCACUGUGGCUUCCUCACAGGGGUACCAUGAAAUGCUAAAUAAAAUAAAAAUUAUUGUUUCCAUUUUCAGUUCAAUAUAUUAGGAUGUGAUACCAAGGGGACCUGGUGCAAAGCAGUAACUAACAUAGUAUAACUGUUUGCCAAAGCCUCUUCAAAAAUCAUUUUUUUUAAAGUAUUUGCUAUUUCAGAGUGUAGUUUUUUGAAUUUGACAAAGGCUGCCUUGAGGAAACCUGAAUUCAGCAAAGGUGCAGAGAAGAAAGAGUUUGAGAACCACUAAAUUAGGCUGUUUACUAUGCAUUUAGUUGUCACCUCAAACCCCCACAUUUCAAUGUUAUUAUUUCAGUCCAAUACACAAGACCAAAUCCUACUGCAGUGGGAAUCUGGCCAAUCUUCUACUGUGCAUGUUCUAGUUGUCCAUGCUAUGAUUGUGUUGCUGACCUAUGGCAGGCCAAAAGGUAGGAUCAUAACAAGGAUGUCAAAACAUUUAUUUUUGUGUUGGUGUUUGUUAUAGAUUGUCAAAGUGAUGACAAGUUACAGCUUUGUUUUUGUCUAAGUGCUUUAAUUAACAGCCAUUGUGCUUAACGUGUCAAAUAGUUUAUCAUUGCUAAGAAUUUGAGCAAAGCUUGGCCAUUCUCAAGAGCACUUAAUGAUAUUAUAUAUCCUAGACGUAAGGCGGCAGAUUUGGAUACGUGAAAAAAAUAUAUAAUAAAAAAAUCCAAUGGUCAUUGCUUUCUGAACAUGAUGAAAUAAAGCACUUGUUAAUGUUUAAACUUCAUGUAGCUCAAAUAAACAGCUUAAAUUUCAGAUCUGAAGUUCAUGCCAAUGAAUUUAAAUACUAACAUCUCCUUUCAGAGGACCCAAAAGAUGCCGAAAAUUUGCUGUAUUCUGAAUUAUUUAACAUGUGGAUUCAAGACAAUAAUCGAAUGCCCUCUGGUUAUUUAUUGGACACCUCUGAAGAAGCCCUUCUGCUCCCUGAUUGGUUGAAACUGCGCAUGUUGAGAUCAGUCGAUGAGAGAUUAGUUAGUGCAGGUAUGGAGGUCCAAUGAGAUUUAACCUUAAUGAACUGAUCUAAAGCUUUAAACUACUUAAGGCUGUUAAUAAAAUAUUUUAGAACUUAUUUUAUUUCAAAUUUUCAAUUUUUUCACUUCACAAAAGAUGUAAAAUCAAUCAUUUACAAAAUUUUAUUGCUAUAAUUUUUCUUUUCUUAGUGCUGUUACCAACAACAUUUAACAAAAUGUCAGUGUUUUUCAACCCAUUUCUAAGCACAAUAAUUGAUAUUUAUAUCAACCCUCUAUCAUUUUCUUCUUUAGCACAUAAAUAGCCUACCAUAUUCACCUUGCCCUUAAUUUUCAACUGUUAAUUAAAGCAUGCACCCUUUCAAAGUAAAAUGAUUUAAACUUUUAAGAAGUAAAACAUUUUUUUCAAAGAUUAUUGGGGUGUCAGUGAUCCAAGCAUGUCUUUUUUUAAUCACAUUUUUGGCUGUACUCCUAAUACUAAGUAAUUCAAAUUUUUUCUUAGCAUUGAUGGAGGUAGAACCAUCCCAGCUUGUACUGUUUGUCCAGUCAUUUGGUAUCCCAGUCUACAGUAUGUCACGUCUGCUAGCAGCUCUGGAUCAGGCAGUGGCCAGUGAUCCAAACAUGAUGGCUCAAACAGUUGUUGAUUCAGCUUACAUGGCAAACUUGGUUGACAUUCAGCAUGAAAGAGGAGCUACUGGAGGCCAAGCAUUUUACAGCAUGUUGACUCAAGGGAGGGAAAGUGGUAGCACUGACGGUAUGCCUUCAUAUGCCAUAACAGCUUUUAUAUAAGGAAUUAUUUUUUAUUUGUUUUAUUAAGAGUAGUGCAUCUGACCCCACCUUAAGUAAAAAAAUCAAUACUAAUAAAAAAAAAUUGAAUGUAUCAUAAAAUAUUCAAAAUGUAUCAUAAAAUAUUCAAAUUAAGCCAAAAGCACUAGACUUAUUCUGAAUAUUAGCUGUUUUAUACUAGGAAGGCUCAAUUUGUAUCUAUACACCACACCACUGUUUUAAUUGGUCACAUAUAUCUUGUAUUAUUCUAAUAAUGAAGAAAAAAUCAAGGCAGAUGAAGAAAUGACCACGCAAGAUGGCUGGAAUGUCAAAGGAACUGGAGAGGUCAUUCUUCCAAAUUCUGUAGAUAAAGUAGCAAGGGUUCUUGAUCAGGUAACGUUUAUCAUUUUGAAAAUAUAUAAUUAUGACAGUAAAAAAACUAAAUUAUCAAAAUUUAAUUUUUAAAUCUAACAAGAGAAAUUUUAUACUACUAAAGUUAUUGUGUUUAUCUGUGAGAUUAAAUAAUUUUAUUGACUUUUUUUUCCAGAUAUUUUCAGAUGCAACAGGUUCAGACGGUGGUCCAGCAAAACUAUUUCAAUGUGUUCUUCAGGUAAUGUUUUUAGAGGGUAGCAAAGAUUAUACAUAUAUUGCUUUGGACUAAUAAAAUUGAAACUUUUGCCUAAAUUCAAAAACAAAGGUAAUCAAAGAAAACAAUCCUAAAUGAAUCACAAUUAAAACAAAAAAUCUUUAUUUUUAUACAAAGUAAUACACAUUAACAUAUAUUAAUAACUGGUAUUAAUUACAAUUUUUCUUUGGUGAUUUUUUCUUUAAUCUCAGGCAGCAGCCAAUGAUAAAAUCAAAUCAUCAGCCAUCAUUAAGGCAAUGGACAAUGUAAGUUUGAAUUAUUUAAUUGUACAUGUACAUGAUAAAUAGACUAGAAUUGAAUCUCUACUUAAUAAGUGAUAUUUUUUAUUAAAAAAUGAUUUACAAUUUUGAUAACAUAAAAUAAGUUUAUUUGCAUUUGUAAAUUUUGGGUCUGUCUGAUUGCUUUAUUUUGAAUUCCAGCUGUUAAGUUCAUCAAAGCGUGAAGCUUUUGCCCAGAAAAUAUACACAUCAACAUUCAGAUCCUGUCCCAUUCUUAAGGUCCUAAUUGCCAGACAGGUAAACCUAAUAUAAAAUCUGUUUGAAUUGUAUAGUUUAUAAAAGUUAGCAUUAUUAUUCAAACAAACAAACAAAAUUGAUAAUAAUCUGUUUCUCUUGAUUAUUGCAAUGAAAGUGUCGUGCCAUUAGGUUGGUUUUGUUUUGUCAUUUGCAGCCAGAGCUUCAUGCAGAGCUUGUUCCUGUCAUGGAAAAAUUGCACAGCUUAGGCAAUGGUCAGAAAUCAAUGGUUACAUCCAUUGUAACACAGUUUAUGACCUCCAGCAUCAAGUCUAGGCAGGUCAAGACAACAAUGACCAAACAAGUUGAGAUGCUGGUCAAUAAAUGCACUAAACGUGGAGUCAACACUGAGGCUUUUCUAGAAGGUUGGAUUUACACAAACGUACCUAUUUAUUAUUGUCAGGAAAUAAAACUAACUGUAUAAUCAUAAUGUCAACGAUGGUAAAUUUAGUUGUCCAUCUGUGGGCUGUGUGACACAUUAACUGUUAAACCAUAUUUGUUUUAAGCACAGCAGAUAUACACUGUAGGUAUUGAAAAGCCAUUUUUUUAAAGCCAUGCUAUCUACUGCAGGUAUUGAGAAGUUGAAUGACUCUGAGGCCAUGGAAAUGGCUGUGCAUCACUUAAUGGAGAAUCUCCUGGCACAGGGCAGGUCAAAGGAAGGAACUCAGCUGGCCUGUCAAGUCCUGGCUCAGAAUAGCAGGUUAGUCAAGGACAGGUUGGCUUAUUUUAUUAGGUGAAAAUGUGUAGGUAAUGUUAAUGUACUUGGAAUACAGAGCAGGUGCCUGGUCAGUAUUGUGGGUUGAAAUCUUUCCUAUUUGAUUUGAGGGACACAUUUUAUAAUAAUGGAUUUUUCAUUAUUGUAAUUUUUUAGAUAUGUUAUUUUUAUUUGCUUCUUACUUUAAUGGCUUGACAGUAAAUAUAAUUAAGAAUUAAUUGAGAGAGAAAAAAGCUUUUUGUUGAUAUUGUUUCCUUGAUCACAACGUUAUCAAUGGAUUUCUUGCAUCAGUUCAUCUAUGACACCAAGCUCUGCCAUACUUUUUGUUGAUUGGCUGUCACUCCUGGACCCAGAGAUUGUCAAGUUGAGCCCAGAUCUUCAAGAGAAGCUGCUGUUUGCUAGAAAAGUUUCUGCUAAGAUUGCUGGCCCUCCUGCAGAUGGAGGUGUCCCGAGCCAAGCUCACCUGCUGGCCCUAUUGACUCACCAGACCAGCUGGGAUACUCUUACACGCUGUCUCACUCACCUCCUGGAACCAAACAAAAUAGCAGAGUAAGUCAACCCUUUAGAUUGGAUUGGAUUUAGAAUUGAGUUGUUUUAAUUAAAAUGUAAUUUUGGAAAACAAUACUUAUUAACGAAACAUAUUUCUGUUUUUUUUUUUUUAAAUAUGCCUGUUCAUUAAAAUAUAAUUUCUUAGGUAACUAAUGUCAUAAAUAGCCCAUAAUAUCGGGCUAUGCAAAAAUUUAUUGUAUAAUAAUUAAUUCAAUAUUAAUCUAAAAGCAAACAGGAGUUGAUGAAGACAUGAGGCAUAAUGUUUUGCUAUACAAGUUGUUGCUUUGAGCAUCUUCAUUGACCGAUUGUCUUAACACCCUUCUUAUUUUAGACUUGAUCCAACUGCUGUGCUUGAUUUUGUUUGGGCAUGUGAACAUGUCCCAAAAAUCUGGCAAGGAAGAGAGAAAAGGACACAGGAGGUUAAUGCUCUAUUUACUAUUUAUUUCAUUUUCAACAAUUUAUUCAUUUGUUAGCAGUAUACAGACUUCAAGGAAUAAUUUGAACAUUUUACAAUUCGGGUCUCCAUAUUUUUGCAUGGGAAAUUUUUUAUGACUUUCUGUCUAUCCUAUAUUGCUGCUGUCUUACACACAACACACAUAAUUUAUUGUAUCAAUGACUGCAUGUAAUGGCAAAGAGGAAGUGAGUAACAUUCAGUGAGGAUUUAAAAGCUUGAAAUUGAAUGAAGGUUUUAAAGAUUUGUACGUUCUAAGAAUGACUUAUGUUUGAGCUAAAAAAAAACCCACAAAAACAACCCCCCCACCCCCUUAUUUUCAUUUUUGUUUGAGCUACCGCCCCCUCUCUUACUUUCAUUUUGGAAGUUAUUUCUUUGUUUCCUCCCCUUACUGAAAUUAAUUUUUCAAAUUGUUCCCCUAACUCUGGACUAAUAUAAUUUACAGAGAGAUGUAUUUGACAUAUGCACGCACACACAUAAAUUUUCACAUUUUUAAAAGAUUUGAUUUUGUUACUCUAGUCAAAACAAUUGCACACUUUCUCAGACCUGUUUACUCGUACGAUUUUGGCGUACAAUGUACGAUUUUGAGGUGUAUACAUUAUAUAUACUGAUGUUUAGUUUACUAUUAAGAUAAUGUAUUGAUUGAUUUUGUGAUGAUAUUGUACCAUUUUAAGAGUUUGAGGGUAAACAGGUCUGCUUUCUUAUAUUUCUAUACACUUAUAUUCCCAUUUAAAAGGUUGAAGAAAAAGAAGAUCUUCUCUGCCUGACCUCCUCUCAGCUGUUCUCUAUUGUGAGUUUGAUCUUGGAUGAAGCUGAGAUGCUAUCCCAGGAUAAAGAAUCUGAUCCCACGACCCAGCAUAUCACCAUCAUGAAGACCAGAAUGGAUCUGCUGAUGUCUUGUCUGGCUGAUGAUCUGGAGAGGGUGGUAUCUGUGGUCAGCCAUCUGCAGGAAAUAUACCAGUCUGCUACUGGGUAGUUGUCUUUAACUUUAAUAAAAGACAACCAAGUUUUUACAAUUAUUUUCAAAUCUUGUACUCUAUUUGGCAGGGGAAGAUAGAAAGCAUAAUUAUAUAAAUGUUCUAAUUAUGUUAUGUUUAUCAGUUUGAUUGCAUUUUUAUGCUUGGAGAAAAAAUGGGAGGGAUAGUCAUUAAAGACUGAUUUUGUUAAAAUAUUAACAACUUUGCAUUUUAAAACAUUAACUGUUAAAAAUUUGUAAUGUUAAAAAAAUAGCUUUCAUUUAAAUUUGAAAUUUAAUUAUGCUUCAAAGAUUAAAGAGUAAGUGCACUGCAAGCCUUGCCAUAAGCUUGUAUCUUCAGUUCCCAUACAUCCAGUCCUGGCUGGCUGAGGACAGUCCACUGUUGGCGGAGCUCAUGUCCAGCCAUUAUAUCCAGUCUCAGGUAUUAAUUCAUCUUAAAUUUUAACAUAUUGCCUCGUCUGUGAUAAAGGCAAAACUUUUGUAGGCUCACAUUUUUCUGUUACCAAUAAAAUACUUUAACCUUCAAUGUAAGAAAGUUAGAUGUAAAGUUAGUUUGUAAUUCAACCAUGGAACCUUGCAGUUUUAUUAGACUUAAUAAUUAUAAUUCUUUAUUAUUUAAAAAAAACAAAACAUGUUUAUUGUUUUUACAGAUGGAUGUGAUCUCGCAUCGAUUAAUCAGCAGUCUUGGAUCCAUUGGUUCAAAACUUUCCAUUAAUAAUAGAAUGCGUGAUGCAAAUGUUGCUUGUAGAAAGAUGGCUGCUCACCAUCCAGCUAUUUUCCUCAGGUAAUUAAAAAGAUUAAGAUUUCAGAGCUUCGAAUGUAUUUAAUUAAAUAUUACAUCCCACCCACUCACACAUAUUCAUAUAUAUUAAUAAACUUAAUUAUAUUCAAAUGUUUCCAGACAACUUCCAUUGAUUGGAGCCAUCUUAUCAGGACAGACACAAUUUACAACUGGAGAAAUGAGACACACAAAUCGCUUUCUGUUGUUUACACACGUACUGGGUCUGAUAGAGCUGCUACAGCCUCACAUAUUUAGACAUGAACACACAGGACUGGAGGAUAUCCUGGAAUCAUUUUUUUCACUUAUGCAGGUGUGUAAAAACAAUAAAGAGGAUUUUCAUAAGGAAAAUUUAAUUACACAAGUACACUGGAAUUUUUUAUUUAUUUAAAAAAUAUAUAUUUUUCUUUCAAUCUGGCAAUUGCUUCUAAGCAUGACUUUUGGAGAGAUAUAAUUGUUGGUCAGAUACAGUCCUUUGAUGUUUUUUAAUUCUUUUGCUAGCGUUACGUUACUGUAUCGGGAACAUGACUGUUUAACUUUUUGUAGAAAGAAAAAUCAGCUUUUAUUAUUAACCAAUAAUUAUUGGGCCAUAUGAUUUUUACUGCGAGUAAAUGAGAGCUAGGCAUCUAGCUGUACUUUAAUGUAAGACUUCUUUUCCUCUAAUAUUAAGUGUUGACUUGAUCAUACAAUCUUGAAUGUUAGAGAAAAUGAAAAUAUAAUCAUAUGCUGGGUACAUUAUAGAUUUAUGACUUAAGUUGCACUUUUCUCUUUGAUUAUGUCUCCUCACAAUAGUUGACAUUUUGUUUAUGCUUUCACAACUUGUCUCAGGUUCAUGGUGAAGAGAAAAAUAUUGGACCCCAAGUUCAUAAAUUUGUUUUAAUUCUACAAAAUUUUCUGACACACGACUCAGCGAGGGCCCUUCCUAUUCUUCUGAAACAUCUCAGCUUGCUAAGGUUGGUGCAAUGGUAUUUUAAAACUCAUUGAAUUUAACCAUGCAUUUCAUUUCAAAUUUGGGAGUAGCCUAAGAAUUGUCUUCUUUGCAUAUGAUCCUAAACAUAAAAUGGUUUGAAAAGGUGCCUGACUCUACACUUAUGCUGUGUUAUUUCUCAUUAUAGACAUCUAUUUAUAUUUCUUUUUUUAAUUAGGCUGCGGCUAUUUGGACCCGGUAUCAGAAGUGAGAGGUUGGGUUUAUUAAAAAAUUAAAAAUAUUAUUGUUGGGUUGUAUGAUGAAAUUUGUAAACCUAAUUCUUCAGUUGAACUAAAAUAAACUACCACAAAUGACAUCCGAAUAGCAUUUGGUCUUAUGGGACCUGGGUCUGAAUAGCGACGAUGCGAAUCUGGUUCCACUUCUAGUAGCCGGGUCCAAAUAGCCAUUUCUUUUUAAUUAAGUUUCUUUUAAAAUAAAUAUUAAAUGUGAUUUGAAAGUUAGAUUUCUUUGUCUAAUUAAAAGUAAUUUAGUUAAACCUAAAAAGAAAAAAAGCUUAAAGAGACGUUAUACAAUUAAUUUCAACAUUUUCCUAUUAUUUCAUGUGUGUCUUAACUGUGUUUCAAAAAUGAUAAAAUGUGAUGGAUAUAAAAUGAACAGAGAGUUCAGACAAUAUAAUUAUAAGUUCAUAAUUUUCUAAUUUCUGUAAUUUUUUUUUUUUGGUUGCUAAACAGGAAAUUUCUGUCUGUCAUAUGUUUGUGUUUGUUAAAAUAGUGUUGUUUUUUUAAUUAAAUGGACCUUUUUUUUCUCCUCAGCAAUCUGUCCUUAAUUUACCCUGACAUAUUUGAACUGAAAGCCAUUUUGACCAGCUUGACACUUCCAAGACAAGCUGAAGCAACUCAGGCCUCAAAACCAGCAGCUGGGAAAGCUUCAAAUUUACCUCAUUUGCUCACUUCCAACUCUGGGUUCAAUGUUGCUCAACUGAUGCCCUUGAUGAGAAAGUUAAAAAAAGAUUCUAUGGAAGGUUUGAGCUCGCUUUUUCCUUAAGAGAAACACUGAUAUGGCACUAAAAGACAGAUUUUAAAGAAAUUUGCUCAGCAUAAUAUACCAAUUUAUUUUAUUUUUUAUUAUUUUUUUUUUUUUUUGUACAGAUCUUCUAACUGCUCUUCAAGAUUUGGAUGAAAUAUCCAAACGCAAAGUUGAAGUUUUAACCCAUUUCGAGGUAAGAUAAAAACUUUCCUUAGUUGAUAAAUAGGAUACUUUAAAAUACUAAAGACAUUUUAUAGGGAAUAAGUUUCUAUUAGCAAUCUAUUUGUCUGCCAUUUCUCCUGGAGAACAAUUUUUCAGGUAUAAUAUAAACUAUAAUGGAUUUUUUAAAAUGAAAAACAUAAAAAUUUUGUAUCAAAUUAAGUACCGUAGUAUACUUAUUUUAAUUUUCAUAUUUUGAUAAAUAUCCAGUUUUAAUUUAUUUAGAAAUUUGGAAUUAAGCAUAAAUCAGAGGUUCUCAAAUUGUAUCACUUGGCACCCUGGUUACCUGCUGCUUUCUUACCAUGGUGCCGCUAGUAUUAAACAAAAAUGCAUAAUGCUAUAUUGCGUCACACCUAGUUGACUUUGUGCAAACCAGUAACUCAUUUAGUAAUAAUCUUUACAAAUGGUUGCUUGAUGGUGCUCUACAAUAAUCAAGAAUAUCAAUUUUUUCUCAAACUUACUUGGUACCGGUACUUCGUGUUCUUAUAUAAAUAACUUUUGGUUUCUUAAUAGCUUAUUAGUGAAUUUGAAUUUUGUCUAGAAGUUAGUACGGUAUCAAAUGAAUGUUUUUGUAAAAUGGUCAAGUAAAGCUAGUGAAGCUCUUAUCAUUGUAGUUUCAAAAAUGGAUCAGUUCUUUCGAUAAGAUUUUUAAAAAAAUGUAUUCCAUUAUAUUGAAGUUCUUUAUUCGAAUUUGACAUAGGGCACUUUAGAAAAACCUUGAUGCAGGGGAGCUGUGACUCUACAAUUUUUGGGAACCUCUAGUAUAUAGCGUUGCUAGAGGUUUAAGCCCAUUGGCUUGGAUGUAUAAAAUAGCAUUUAUUAUCUGUAGUGAAGGGCAAUAUGGCAAACAAAUCUUAACUUUUCUUUUGUCAGAGUCACCUUUGUCACUUGAUGAUGUCCUCGUACGACCAAUGUAGAGGGACAACUUUUGUUUUGAUUUUGCGUCUAUUGAGACAGGAUCCAAAGUAAGAAAGGGAUUUUAUUUAUCAUAUAAAAUUGCAUCGAUCUGUACAGUACUUACGAACAGAUUUGUUCUCUAUGUGUUGUCUGUAUCUGUAAUAAUACUGUACCGGUAUUAUUGCUUCACUAAGACAGUGCAGUUAAAUUUGUGUAUAUCUUUAUAACAAGCGUCAGACAUUACUUGAACUUGAAAAAUAACAACCUCUCCCUAUCAAGACAUUGCAUCUUAUAAACCAAAGUGGCAGUGACGAGAGAAUAGGAGUACUGGUAGCAUCAAUUGAAGACUAGCUCAUAUUAUCUCUAAGCCAAAUAACUCGCUAAAAUGAACCUAUUUUGUUUAUGUCAUACUCAACAAAUAUUCUGCACUAAAAUAGCCUUAUAUCUAGCAUAUAAAUAUAAUGCAUUACAUUGUAUUGUCUAUAAUAUAAAUUUGAAACUGAUUUUUGUUCAGGAAAGCUGAAGCAUUUGUUGCUACAUUUUUGGACUGCUUGGACUCGGAUAAUCCAGAUGUAGUUACUUCUGCUCUAAAAAAUUUGGCAGAUUUCGUUGCUCUCUGCCAGGGUAAGAUUUUUAUUUGGUAUCUAUCAGUAUUUUGUUCACAGACACUAAUAGUUUCUUUAAAUAUAAAAAAAUACCCUAUUUGAAAUAAAAGAUCAUCUGAAGCAGACUACAUCUUAGUAUCUUAGUGAGUGUAAUGUUUAAACUUUAACAUUCACAAAUUAUUUGAGGCAUGUGUUUUUAUUUUAACAGUAGCACUCAUUUAAUCUGAUUUUAAUAUGGAUUGUCUUCUCAGAGGAAGCCACAAGUCUUUUACAAAAAGCUUUCACAGUUGGUAUCAAAAAGUCGAUAGAUUCAAGCUCCUACAUUAGUGAAGCACUGCAGAGUUUAAAUUUACACGCUGCAGCCAACUGAUUGUAUUUCUGUUGUCAAAUAAACAAGCUUUUACCCCACUUGGUUACUAUUAAAAAUGAUAAUACAUUUAGUUCACAUAUUAAGUGAAUUGUUUAUAUUUAAUAAAUGUUGUAUCUCUUCAGUUAAAUGGAAUCAAAUUUGAGAAUCUUUCAAAC